CUAAUUUUAAAGUUAGUUACUUUUGAUGGUGUAACUUCAUUAGUGCUAUGAUUGAUGGAUGCAAAAAUAAUCAUACCCCGACCUAUAACAUCAUAAAUUACUCUUAUUUCACCAAACCACUCCAUACAUACCAUACCACAUACUAUUACAACCAUCCAAUAUCAUUACUAUAUAUCAUUCAUAUAAUAACUUAUCAAUUAAUUGUAAUAUUAAUAAUUCACCAUAGUAAAUAAAGGGACGUGUACCAAAUCCCAAAAAAUCAUCAAACCGAAAAAUUGAAAAAGGGAGAGAAACGAAGUAUGGAUGAAUGAUAUUAUAUGGUGGCGGAUACUGCUUCAUCUUACUUCAACUUUCAAAGUCAAAAGAUCACAUCUAAUAAUACCAAUUAGAUCAUAUAUCGACUACUACUAAUAUAAUGUCACAACGAAUUGCUGAGAUAAUAUCAAAAAUUGCCAUUCCUGCUGGGUUAGCCAUUGCCUUAGGUCAAUCAGCUCUUUAUGAUGUUGAAGGUGGUAAAAGAGCAGUUAUAUUUGAUAGAUUAAAUGGGGUUCAACAAAGUGUUAUUGGUGAAGGAACUCAUUUCUUAAUUCCUUGGUUACAAAAAGCCAUUAUAUUUGAUGUUCGUACUAAACCAAAAACUAUUGCCACUACUACUGGUUCUAAAGAUUUACAAAAUGUUUCAUUAACUUUAAGAGUAUUACAUAGACCUGAAGUAUUACAAUUACCAAAGAUUUAUCAAAGUUUAGGAUUGGAUUAUGAUGAAAGAGUCUUACCUGCUAUUGGUAAUGAAAUUUUAAAAUCGAUUGUUGCUCAAUUCGAUGCUGCUGAAUUAAUUACGCAAAGAGAAGUUGUAUCAGCUAGAAUUAGACAAGAAUUAUCAAGAAGAGCCAAUGAAUUUAAUAUUAGAUUAGAAGAUGUUUCAAUCACUCAUAUGACUUUUGGUAAAGAAUUCACUAAAGCCGUUGAACAAAAACAAAUUGCUCAACAAGAUGCUGAAAGAGCUAAAUAUUUAGUGGAAAAGGCUGAACAAGAAAGAAAAGCAGCUGUUAUAAGAGCUGAAGGUGAAGCUGAAUCCGCUGAAACUGUUUCAAGAGCUUUAAGUAAAGCUGGAGAUGGAUUAUUAUUAAUUAGAAGAUUAGAAGCUUCUAAAGAAAUUGCUAAAACUUUAGCUAAUUCUCCAAAUGUUUCAUAUAUCCCAAGUAGUAAUGGUGGUAAUGGUGAUGAUAGUGGUUCAAAGAAUUCAUUAUUAUUAAACAUUGGUCGUUAAUUGCUCCAACCUUUAAAAAUUAAAUGUAAAUAGUCUAUAAUUAUAUAUAUAUUCCC